GAUAGGUAGGAGGAAGUCGGUCAGUGGGAGAUGGGCUGAAAAUGCAAUAAAGUAUUGCUUAGGUCUGUCUCUGUCUCUGUUUCUGCCUCUGCCUCGUAACUCAACAUUUUUCGUAGUGAAGAACUGAGAACACUAAGUGAUCUUCAUGUCCUGGUUUGAGUGCACUUCUCUGUGCUGUUACCACAUCUCCAGCAGUGGACAACAUUCCGUCAGCAGAGGCUGGUCCCUGGGAUGCACAGUGUAAUGUGCAGGCUCAGAAAUGCCUUACGUGGAUCGGCAGAACCGUAUCUGUGGGUUUCUCGACAUUGAGGAGAAUGAGAACAGCGGCAAGUUCCUGCGCAGGUACUUCAUCCUGGACACGCAGGAAGGCAGCCUGGUCUGGUAUAUGGACAACCCCCAGAACCUGCCCACUGGAACGCAGCCUGUUGGAGCUCUCAAACUAACUUAUAUUUCUAAGGUUAGCGAUGCAACAAAGCAAAGACCAAAGGCAGAGUUCUGCUUUGUUAUUAAUGCAGGGAUGAGGAAAUUCUUCUUGCAAGCCAAUGAUCAGCAAGACCUGGUUGAGUGGGUUAAUGUGCUGAACAAAGCUACCAAAAUCACUGUGCCAAAGUCAUCUGAUGUGCAACAAAAUUCUGAAAACCAAAAAAGUGCCUUGGAGUGUCCAGGUGCCAAGAAGCAGGUCUCCUAUAAGACCGAAAUCAUUGGGGGUGUUCCCAUAAAAACCCCUACACAGCAGGAGGGAGGGGAAGGUUUGGAGGGCGCAGACAGAGGCGGGUUGAAGCGUUCCCUUAGCCAGCUCCCGUACUUCAUGGGCAAAGCUGCUCAGGACCAGACCGUGGUCAAGGCUGGCUACUGUGUCAAGCAAGGAGCUGUGAUGAAAAACUGGAAAAGAAGAUAUUUCCUAUUGGAUGAAAACUCGGUCAGUUACUUCAAAUCAGAGCUGGACAAGGAACCCCUCCGAACGAUCCCCCUGAAGGAGGUGCACAAAGUGCAGGAGUGUAAACAGAGUGAUAUAAUGAUGAGAGACAAUCUAUUCAAAGUAGUAACAACUUCAAGAACCUUUUUUGUACAGACGGACAGCCCAGAGGACAUGCACAGCUGGAUCAAGGCAAUCUCAGGGGCCAUCGUUGCCCAGCGCGGCCCAGGCAGAUCAGCAGCUACUAUGCGGCAGGCCAGGCGGCUGUCAAGUCCUUGUAUACAGAGGUAUACAUCCCCACAUGGUGAAUGCAGCACGGAUGAGCACGGCAACCAUUCCUCCUCAAACUCUUCCUUCUUCAUCCGCGACCAGGGCCCCCCAGUCCCUCGCUCGCCAAUCUCUGCGGCGGCAGCCUACCCCCCACCAUCUUUUUCGCAGUACGCCUUCCCUGCACCCCCAGACACUCUCCACAAACAGCCUGGCCUGGAAAAGCGAAGACUUCAUGAACCUCCUUCCAAGACCCUGCAUCCAGGGAAGCACUCGAUCCCGGCUUUCCCUGCAGGAGACCAAGCUUCCAAAGUGACUCCCUGCACGGCUCCCCCGGGGACCACGCAAACCUGUGACGGCACUCAGGAAAUGCCCUCAGAGCACAUCAACCUGGAUGAUGAUAAUUUGCCUGUCAGUGAUGUCUGACUUUGCAGCACAUAAUGGUGGUGGUGUUUGGGUAGGUAGUGGCUAGAGGAAGUGUACUGCCAGUUGGAUUUGAAAGGUAACCAGAGGAAGACAGAAAUUGUCAUAAAAUGAAAUAAGUAAGAUCUGCAGGAAUGUUCUAUUGGAGUUAAUGCAGAACACGACUGCUUCUUUUUAUUUAUUUGUUUAUAUAAUUCUGUUGAUGUAAUCUAAAGGGGUAAUGGCUGUGUACUGUGAUACAGCUGUAAAGGGUUUUUUACAAGAUGCCUUCUGAGGCAAAAUGUUGCAUGUGGAGAAUCCCUUUGUGGCUCUGGUACCUCAGCUGUUAUCAAGGAGGCCCCUUAUGCUGUGACUGGGCACUACUCAGGGUUUCAUUUAGAGUGGGGGCUUUGGCAGUCACACUGGUUCAAUAUUAGAUGGGGUUUCCAUGUAAUUGGGUCAGUCAUUGUAUUUGGGUGGGGCUAGGUGGCAAGUCAGUGGUGCCAUCUAAAAGAAAUGGUGAUGGAUUGUUAAGGGGGACAUAUUGUACAAGUCCAAAUGGAAGAAUGAUUGAGAGGUGAAGGGUUAGUACAACACCCAAAAACCUGUAGCAUAUUUUUUACUAUUUUUUUUGUUUGUUUUUUUUUGUAGUAUGAAAACCAAAAAUACUAUUGCCAGAGAGGAGACCUAAAGUGUUGAAUUUGUAAUAACCCCAAACUUAUUUUGUGCUGCAAGCAUAGCAUUUUACCCUUAGCAUUCCCAAGGAGCACUCUCUGUUUUAACCCAGUUGUCUAGACCAGUAGCUAAAUGGAUUUCUAAUUUAGAAGUCAUUUAUUGUUCUGUGUUUAUUUAGUAUAUUUGAUCCCAUUGUUUGAAUGCAAAAUUUUUAUAAUCAAAGUUUAACAGUAAGACUAACACGGUAUAGUAAGACAUAUUACUAUUGGAAGAGCCCUUUGAAUUACUUUGUGCUUCAGUCAUUUGACACCUUUCCUAAUGUGUAUUAAUGCGACUUCUCCAUACCAUCUUCCUCUGUGAAGGGCAUCACUGUACAGUGCUAAUUUCAGACGUUCAAUAGUUAGCACACAGUAUUUGCAGGUCUGUGGGCUUAGCAGCUAGCACAGCUGAGCGGCCCAAGUCUGCAUGUUCUGCAGGCUGAAGUACUUUGAUGUGAAUGUGGAGGAAUAUAUUUCUCCAAUUCUAU